CCAGCCACAGCACCUGGCUGACUUGGGGGAGGAAGAAAGGAAACCAAAAUCACUUCCUGACCCUCACCCAGCCUGCCCAGGCUGGUGAAGACACUAAUGGAGAUCAGGCCUCACUGAGGACUUCUCAGAGUCUGCCCCAGAGGGUCCAUCAUUCUGGUCUUCCUGAAUCUCAGAAGCAGUUGAUUCUCACCCUCCUGCGAGUGAAGAAGACCUUUCAACACGGUGUGGCCCACCUCCCGCUGCUCAAUUUAGCAGGACUCUCAAAGGCUCCUUCUGGAAGCACCGUAUGAGCAUCCGGAGAGGCAAGAGAUGGAUCCACCUGCUGUCUUGCUUCCUCCUCAGUCUCAGAGCUGCACCCACCUGGCAGAAGAAAUCUGCAUGGAACAGGAGAGGAGGCCAUCCACCGUAGAGGUGGGCGGAGACUCCUUUCCUAGUGGUCAGGUGCCCAGCUCCAGCCUCACUGAUGCUGAUUGGUUUUGGGAUGAGCAUAUCCAGGCAAAGAGGGCCAGAGUAGAGACCAUUGUCCGAGGCAUGUGUCUCUCUCCUAGUUCGUUGGUGUCAGGCAGAGCCAGGGAGCGCUCACUCUGUCCAGAAAAGGUCCGGGAGCGGAAGAGAAAGCAGAGCCUUCCUAUGCACCAAGGUCCCCUGAAACCUAGCCCUGCCCGGGAUCGAGGGCCCAAGAAGCGGGGAACCCGGGUGAAAGAACAGCUUCAUCUGCUGAAGCAACAGCUAAGACGUUUGCAGGAGCAUGUCCUCCAGGCCGCUGAGCCCAGAGCCCCAGCGCAGAGCCCCGGAGGCACUGAGCAGAAAAGCUCCCCGAGGGCCAAGCCGAGGAGCGGCUUCCCUUCUAGUGCGUGGACCGUGGAGCACAAACCUCACCCGAGUUCUAGCAAGGACAUCUGCGGAGCAGUAAAGCCUGGAGCAGCUGAGGUCCCACAGCAGGCAGAGGAGCCUAAGCUCUGUCCUUCUGGCCCUCGGGCAUUGGUGGAGACUCUGAAGAAAGAACUGAGCAGGGCUGUGUCCCACGCUGUGGACUCCGUAUUACAACAGGUGCUACUUGAUCCGCAGGGCCAUCUCACGCAGCAGGAUCGAAGCUGCCCGCGGCCAACAUCAGAGGGCAGAAGCCAGCCUUCGCCUCCAGGGGGAAGUGCCUAUAAGGACCCACUUGCUCUUGCCACCCUGCCCAGAAAGGUCCAGCCACAAGCGGGGGUUCCCUCGGGCAAUUCAACACUGCCUAGGCCUCUAGAUUCUUUCUCCUGUCCUAUCUCUCCAAGAGAAGUCCCCAGAUCAUAUCAGAGUCCCCUACCAAAUUGUCCCUUGACAACUGUACCUUCCCACAUCUGGGAAAAUCAGAUUCUUAGGCAGCUUCUGGGUCGUGGGCCCGAUGGCCAUUGGAGCAGCAGCCCUCCCCAGGAUGCGUCCCCUCAAAGUCACACCUCCCCAGAGUCUGGCCAGCAACCGUGGGGGCUGAGCCAGCAGCAGCGCCCCCUGUCUUUCACCCCGGUCCACCUGGAGAGCCAACCUCUCCUACCGCCUGUGAAGAUGGAGCAGGGCACGCUGCAGGGCCUGGCUGACUCAUUUCCUUUCUCUUCCAUCCACAUCCAGGAAGGCCUAAGUCCUGGACACCUGAAGAAGGCCAAACUAAUGUUUUUCUUCACAAGGUACCCCAGCUCCAGCCUCCUGAGAGCUUAUUUCCCUGAUGUCCAGUUCAACCGCUGCAUCACCUCCCAGAUGAUCAAGUGGUUCAGCAACUUUCGUGAAUUUUAUUACAUCCAGAUGGAGAAGUAUGCCCGGCAAGCUCUUUCAGAUGGUGUCACAAACGCCCAGGCGCUGGCAGUACUCCGAGACUCGGAGCUUUUUCGAGUUCUCAAUACACACUAUAACAAGGGGAAUGACAUAGAGGUCCCAGACUGCUUCUUGGAAAUUGCCACCUUGACAUUACAGGAGUUCUUCAGGGCUGUCUUGGCAGGGAAAGAUUCAGAUCCUUCCUGGAAGAAACCCAUUUACAAAAUCAUUUCAAAACUGGACAGUGAUAUCCCAGAGAUACUCAAAUCAUCCAACUAUCCCCCAGGACUGUUUCCAAGUUAAGAUCAAACACAAUGAAGGCAAGUAUGAUGGCACAGGCCUGGGAUUCCAAGGUGAGAGAGAGGUGGGGGCAGGGGGAUCAGCCUUGGCUGCAAAGACAAGAUCAAACAAAAUGAGCAGACAGGCUCAGGGUGGCCUACGUUUGGUCAUAAAUGGCAGUUUAGCUGUAGUCACAUAAGAGCACAAGAGGAGCCCCGCCCACAGGCACAACUGCCAUAUUGAAUCAUCAGAGACUUAACCACAGUGCAUCAACUAAGUCUAUCAGUGUGUUUGUAGUCUAUUGGGAAAGGAACACAAGUUUGGAAUCAGCAGACUUAAAAGUCAUUAAGUGCUGUGACACUGAUUAAUUCCCUGGUAGUUCUGCAACUCUGGAAGGAGAUUUAUAGCCAAGUGGUGGUGGUAAACAGGUUUAACCCCUGCACUGGAGAGGCCAGCCUGGUCUACAGAGUGAGUUCCAGGACAGCCAGGGCUAUACAGAGAAACUCUACCUUGAAAAAAAAAAAAAAAAACCCAAGAAAUUUUGGACUGUGGGUAGUUCACUGAUCUUUACACCAGGGUAUGGGAUUGGUUAGGACUGUGGAGGAACCAGAGGCUGGGUACGCUGGACUCAUGCUGCCACUCAGCAUCUCCAACAGGAAAACCCAUCCCAGCAGGGCACCUGCCGGGCGGCACUGCCGUCUGACCAGGCUGGCACUCAGGAGUGUGUCAUCACCCAGGGCAUUCACUCUUGGCUUCCCCGGUCAGCACUGCGGCUGCAGCUUGCAUCUGUCUGCUGGAGCACUGGGUCAGCUAGCAGUCCUGACAGUCCUACCUAUGUACCUGACCUAUGUACCGGUGCCCCAACUGCCUAUGCAUACAAAAAUAUAUAUAAAUAAAAACGGAACUUCAUGAUGAGAAAGCCAGAAAGGGCCUUGGGGACCAUCUGGUCUACCUUGUUUACCCUGUGGAGGAAACUCUACAGGGCUCACAGGCCAUGGAUGACAGGGCUGGACAAAGGCAGAAAUGGAGAUUUUCCUACUCCAAAAUGAUUACAGUCUAUGACUGAACUCGCACAGAUGAACAGAUGACAUCCAUAGUCCCCCUCGGGUCCAACACAAUUGUGAUAGACUCUGAGCACCUAGACAAGGCACCCACAUAGUGGAACAACUGUCUUCUAGUCAGAACCACGCCUGUAAGCACUGCUGAAGGUGGGCAGGGUGGAAAAUACUUCAGGUUCCACAGUGCUAACUGAGGGGCAACUGUGCCUACAGUAGCUCCCUUCCCUGCUAUCAACCUAGAACAAGUUCCCCAUCUGGCUCCCCUACCUUUGUGACUUGAUGGAUGGUGGUGUUGGCUAUUGCUGGACCUGUCAGACUAUCAAUAUGAGCAAAGUCUUUCCUCUGAGUUUUCUGUUCAAUAGUGGAGAGAAGAAACAAAACAUACUUAAGCAAAUCUAAUCUUUAUAGAUUACUUAAGGUUUUGGGGCAUUUGUUUUACUAGCUGUUGAUCCUAGUGCCUCCUUCCCUCUUAGUAAGUAUAUGUUCUAUCAUUGACUUCCAUUGAACUCUACUCCCAGUUAAGAAUUGUGUGUGUGGUCUUUUGAGAGAGGGUCUAUGUAGUCUUAGAAAUAUGUAGAACAGGUUGUCCUCAAAUUCCCAGAGAUCUGCUUGUCUUUGCCUCCAGAGUGCUGGGAUUAAAGUUACAUACCAGCACACCUGGGGCAAGUCUUAUUUGA